AUGAAGUUUGCUCUUUUCUUCUUGAUUUCUACCUUUUUAAAAGUGAAUUCGGACUUUUCAAAGAAUAUCAAAAAGAUUGUGAAUCAUCAUUUGUGCGAAUCUCAGAAUCUCAGAAACUCAGAAACUCAGAAUCUCAGAAUCUCAAAAUCUCAGAUCUCAGAAUCUCAGAAUCUCAGAAUCUCAGAAUCUCAGAAUCUCAGAAUCUCAGAAUCUCAGAAUCUCAGAAUCUCAGAAACUCAGAAUCUCAGAAUCUCAGGAUCUCAGAAUCUCAGAAUCUCAGAAUUUCAGAAUCUUAGAAUCUCAGAAUCUCAGAAUCUCAGAAUUUCAGAAUCUCAGAAUCUCAGAAUCUCAGAAUCUCAGAAUCUCAGAAUCUCAGAAUCUCAGAAUCUCAGAAUUUCAGAAUCUCAGAAUCUCAGAAUCUCAGAAUUUCAGAAUCUUAGAAUCUCAAAAUCUCAAAAUAUCAGAAUCUCAGAAUAUCAGAAUCUCAGAAUCUCAGAAUCUCAGAAUCUCAGAAUCUCAGAAUCUCAGAAUCUCAGAAUCUCAGAAUCUCAGAAUCUCAGAAUCUCAGAAUCUCAGAAUCUCAGAAACUCAGAAUCUCAGAAUCUCAGGAUCUCAGAAUCUCAGAAUCUCAGAAUUUCAGAAUCUUAG